AUGGUAGCUUAUUUUUGCUUUGCUUUGUCCAGUGCUAACUCGUGGCAAGUCAUGAAUGAUGACUUCAACAGUGAAGUUUUCUAUAACCAUAUUAUUGAUUUCUUUCAGCUUCCUCCAAUACGAGAUGUGGCAAACAAAGUAGAUGAUAUUUUACUAUGGUGGAACUGGUAA